UCUAUCGUACACAUUGCGCGCAAAUGAGCGCAUAGGCGCAGGCAGCAGGCUCUGACCAUGCCCGAUGACCGCGUUCAGCGAGAGGUCAUCGUGCAGUCGCUGAAGAACCUGGAUGAUGCCACCUUGGUGCGGGUUCUGGGGCAGCUCAUGAACGCGCACCCCCAGGUGGCGCCCCUGGUGGUGAACGCAGCCUGCCCAGACCUCACCUUUGUCCCCACAAGCGCGAUCAUGCGCAAAAGGUCGAUGGGCAUCCUUUGCCAGGUAGGCAAUGAGGGCGGCCUCAUCGAGUGCCCAGAAUUGGAGGCUGCCUUCAACAGCCCGGUGCUGGUGGGCAAGAAUCAGCUCGGGCGCUACACGGUUGGCCAGGAGGUCUCCUUUGCAGUGACCAUGAACGAAGAGAACAAGCCGCAGGCCUUUGAUCUUCAGCCGCUAGGCCUAGGUGUAACAGGUGUCCCGAGCAUGCCGAGCAUGCCGGGCAUGCCGGGCUUGCCUGGCAUGCUGCCUUUGCCCCUGCUACCACUGCCGAUGCUGCCGGGCAUUGCGGGCGGGACCCUCCCGGCGACUCUGCCAGCUGGCCUGUCUCUGCCGACGAUGCCUGGCCUAUCGCUGCCGCCGCUCCCAGGGACGCUGCCGGCGACGCUACCGGCCACGUUACCGGCGAUGACGGCGCCAGCGACGCUGCCGGCGAUGGCGGCUCCGGCAAUGGCGCCCGCCAUGGCGCCGGCACCGGAACCGCAGCCGCCCGCCCCCGCAGCACCUCCGCCGCAGGCCAUGAACGGCGAUCGAAUCCUCGGCACCUUCCUGGGAAUUGUGAGGACAGUAGAUGAAGACAAAGGCUUUGGCUUCAUUACCAGCGACCAAUUGAGAGCAACUGGUGUCAAUGAAGACUGCUACGUGCACAAGCAUUAUUUGGGCAGGGAGUUUUCCUCAGGGUCAGAGGUCUCCUUCACAGCCUUCCUGGACGGAAGGAAUGGCAGGCCCCGUGCCCGAGACUUGGUGUCUGCGAAGGGCCAGGUUGGUCCGCAGACCAGUAUGGGAGGCCCAGGUGCAGCCGACAAAGGCGAAGAUGCCCUGGGAACCUUCACUGGAACAAUCAAAAGCUACAAUGCUUCCAAGGGCUUCGGCUUUAUCGUCUGUCCUGACUUGCAGAAGGAGGGCUGGGAGGGCGAUGUGUAUCUCCACCAGAAGCACGUCAAGGACGUGCCCUUCAGAGCAGGUGACACGGUGACCUUCGAGGCCUUCGUCUUCCAGGGCCGUCUGCAAGGCCGCAACCUCUCCCCGAGGAGCGAUCCAGCGGGCGAGUGGGAAUGGGACGGCAAAGGCAUGGACAUGGCCAAGGGCAAAGGCGACAAAGGAUAUGGCAAGGGCAAAGGGCCUAUGGGCAUUAACCCAAUGGCCAUGAACAUGAUGAUGGCGAUGAUGGGCGGCAUGGGCAAGGGCUGAUGAGCCAUGGUGAUGGG